AUAUAUAUAUUUAUAACAAUUAUCUGAAACAAUCGAUAAUUUGAUAAAAGGGGGUGCAGUGAAAAAAAAAACUAUGUAUAUAAAAGACAUUUCAUUUCUGUCUUAUUAAAGACUAUUUAUUAGGUGUGGGUUGAAAUAGUGGUUUUUCAAUCACAGCAGCUUAUGUUAAGGUUCAAGGUACGCAUCGUUUAAUAUGGACCACAGAAAGAAAUAAUUUUAUCUCACUUGGCUAAAUACAGUCCGAGGAGUGACAACGCAGGUUAAAUCAAAGGAUAAUUUUUUUAAAAGACCAGCUUGAUACGUGUUUGAUAAAUCAAUAAACUGAUGCUGAAUCUUUUGUCAAAGAACCUACUUUUGCAACGUUCUUCGUUGAUAUAUUCUUCAAUUCGAACCAUUGUCCAGAAGUCAGGUUAUAGCCGUGGAAAGAAGAAUCUUUUUCCCUUUGGACUACAGACAACUUCAGGUUGCUUGGUGCAAUCUUCAGGUCAAGCAAGUAUCAGUGUGAAUAAAUAUUCUACUGACAAAGAAGAUGCUGUUACAGGCUUGAGUUAUAAACCUACAGCAGCUGUGAGUGAAGAGCCAUCUUUGAGCCCAUCACCUUCACAGCUCAGUGAAAUGGAGGUGAUUGUUGGACCUAUUGAGGAUCUCCAGCUUGGACUGGUCAAAGAAGUUGCUGUUGGAGACCAAAAAGUGCUGGUUGUUAAAGAAAAAAAUGGAGUUUUUGCUUUUGGAUCAAAAUGUACUCACUAUGGAUUACCACUGGCCAAUGGUGCCUAUUGCAAUGGAAGGAUUCGAUGUCCUUUUCAUGGUGCUUGCUUUGAUGUGAAAACUGGUGAUAUUGAAGACUUCCCAGGACUAGACAGUCUGCACACAUUCAAAGUGACAGUUGAGGAUGCUAUAGUAAAAUUGACUGUUCCCCAAGAUAAACUGAAAGAAUUCCGGAGAGUGAAACCAAUGGUGAAAUAUUCCAGUGCAACAAAUGAGGUUAACCUCUUAGUUGGUGGAGGUCCAGCUUCUUUGAUUUGUGCUGAAACUCUGAGGCAAGAAGGUUUUACAGGUAAAAUUAUACUAGCUUCAAAAGAAGAGUGUAUUCCUUAUGACAGACCGAAAUUAUCAAAGGUGAGUGCCAAUGUUUUCAAGAAGGAUCUCUUAGAAGAUCUUCAGAAAAGCAAAAGCUCUAUUUUUGACAUGUUUCGAAAUGAAUAUAACAAUUUCGAAAACGUAGACGAGAGCCCUUUCAUGAGCAAAGCAACGAUCAAGUUCAGUACAAUGACAGUAGACAUCGAGGAAAACUUGAAAAUCUUCGAAGCCUAUCAGACCAAAAAGGAGAACUGGUCUAGGAUGACCAUGGAACUCCUUAUUCAAACAACACAAAAGAAUGUGGAUCUCAUCCCGGACCAUAUCGUUCUUUCUGGAGACAGAUUAAUUCCAGUCAGGGUAGUUCGAAGGAAAGCAAAGUGCCACGCCUGCUUUUCAACUAACCAUUUAAAAACCCGCUGCCCUAGACUGAAGGAAAAUGAGAGACUAGCACCUCUCUUCCCUACACCAACAACGGCCACCAAAACUCCGGCAACAACAGCAGCAGCACCAUCACCAUCAUCAGAUUCAGCCAUGGCACCACCAACACUGAGUUUCCCCAAACACUUCUCAGCAUCCGAAGAUACUCCACUUCCUGAUGCAGAGCAGAUGGACAUCACAGGUGAAGAGUCAGACUGCAUGAAAGAUAAAAACAAAAAAAAUGGAAAAGAGACAGAAGGAAAAACAAGCAUAUGGACAAACAACAACAAGCCUUAUCCACACAAGAAUUUGGAUGGUUUUUCUGAGGGAGUGUUUUAUGAACAGAUGCCCUUCUUGUCAUUAACCCUUAUAGACACCAAUUAUGACUUGGAAGUAGAUUUGCUUGUUAAUAUUGACAGCGAAAAGAAAAUAGCAAUAUUUAAAGAUGGGACAGAGAUAAGUUACACCAAGCUGUUAUUAGCCACAGGAGGCAAUCCAAGAUCAUUAGAGAUUCCUGGAAAUGAUUUGCAGAAUGUUUGUUUCCUAAGAACUCCAAGUGAAGCUAAUUAUAUUGCAACAGAGAGCAAAAGGAAGAAUGUUGUAAUUAUUGGAUCAUCUUUUAUUGGUAUGGAAGUCGCUGCUGCAAUUUUGGAGCAAGCCAAGUCUGUCACUGUGAUCUGUCUAGAAAAUUUACCAUUCAAGACUGUUUUGGGGAAUCAUUUGGCUGAAAAAAUACUGCAAUUACAUAUAGAUAAAGGUGUGAAAUUCCAGUUCAACACCUCAGCAGCAGAACUUAAAGGAAAGGAUGGCAAGUUGGUAUCUGUUGUUUUAGCCAAUGGUGAGGAACUACCAGCUGAUGUUUGUGUUGUUGGAAUUGGAGUUACACCAGCAACAGCAUAUCUCGAAGGUACACCUUUGCAAAAAAAUUCAUAUGGGUUCGUUUGUGUUAAUGAAUACAUGCAAACCAAUGUAGAAGGAAUCUAUGCUGCUGGAGACAUCACUGAGUUUCCAUUGUUUCUGAGAUCUAACAAUGGUUCCAAUGUGCAACAUUGGCAGAUGGCUCAUGCUCAAGGAAAGAAUGCAGCACUUAACAUGCUGGGAAAGAAUAUCAAAAUCAGAAGUGUGCCCUGUUUUUGGACGAUGAUGUUUGGUAAAAGUAUCCGCUAUGCAGGUUAUGGAAAGGAUUAUAAUGAUAUUGUUGUCCAUGGAGAUGAUGAGAAAAUAGCUUGCUUCUACACAAAAGGAGAAGAGAUAUUGGCAGUUGCAAGUUUGAAUCACGAUCCAAUUGUAGCAAAAGUAGCUGAGAUUAUGGCUGAAGGCAAAAUGUUAACCAAAAAUGAAAUUGUAAACAAGUCAAACAAGUGGUUGUUUAACUGAAUCAGUGAUGUGUGCCAUGCAAAGAAGACUCCACAUUAAGAUGUUAGAAAAGUAGAACCAAAAUAUUCCUGGAAGAAUUUAAAUUGACCAAAAUAUCUAUUUCUAUUUUUCUUUCCGAAUAUUUUACUGAAAUUAUAAAAUUACAACUUUUUUGCUUGUUGGUCACGUGUAUGCUCCUUCACUUUGGAUGUCUGAAUCAAUCCAUCUAUUUCUAUUUAGUAACAUCCCACCUUUCACUCUUCAUCUAGCCAUUCAUGUAACUGUUCUCUCAACAGCAACAUCAGUCUCUUCCAUUCCUUCUUUGUUGGCAUUAGAAGCAGGAUCUAUCCAUUUCUAUUCUCAACUCAGCUUAUGUGCAGUUGUCAUCCUCUCCAUUUCCCUUCCUUGCAAAUGUUACCCUUUUUUGCUUGUUGGUCACGUGUAUGCUCCUUCACUUUGGAUGUCUGAAUCAAUCCAUCUAUUUCUAUUUAGUUACAUCCCACCUUUCACUCAUCAUCUAGCCAUUCAUGUAACUGCUCUCUCAACAGCAACAUCAGUCUCUUCCAUUCCCUCUUUGUUGGCAUUAGAAGCAGGAUCUAUCCAUUUCUAUUCUCAACUCAGCUUAUGUGCAGUUGUCAUCCUCUCCAUUUCCCUUCCUUGCAAAUGUUACCCUUCACACUCUGCCUUCUUUUUCAAUAUCUCUACACACAAAAACAUCCCAUUAUAUUUUAUAUAAUUGUUCCACUUUCUGCAAAAUUAUGUAUUGUUUCAGCAAUAUAUAUACUAAAAUUUCUAUAAAGUUAUAUUCUUUAAUAAAAUGCCAUCUUCUGGA